AGCACGAAGAAACAGCGCCAGUGUGUUCGACAGCGCAACGACUCUCGGUAAACUAGAGCAUAGCUGAAGGAAAGAAUGGCCAAACUGGUCGGAUGGGGACGCGAAAAGUUUCUGCGGGUGCAACUCUCGUGCCUGGCCCUGAUUGGAAUACAACGGAACGAAACUGUGUCAAGCCGGGCGAUUUUCCACGUUUGUUUAAUCACGAUGUUGGUCAUGGAGCUGGCGUCGACUUGGUUCGCCCUGGAGCAUGCCAACGACAUCGUACUCGUGUGCGACUGUUUGGGCCCGACGUUUACCGUCUAUCUGGGCCUGGUCAAGCAGUGCUGCCUCAGUGCGAAUCGGGUCGAACUGUGGAACAUUAUUGAUGCGCUGGAGCGACUGAAGAAUUAUGGCGGAGCCAUCGAAGUCCAAUCAAUACAGAAAAACAAUAAAAUUGAUCGGAUUCUGCCAACGGCCUAUCUGGUGUCAGCGAUGUCAACGGGCUCAUUGUUUAUUUUUACGGCUGUGGUCAAAGGACUCUACAUGGAGUGGAACUUUCCUAUUUCUUUGAGCUUUCCAUUCGACACCAGUCAUCCGGCUGUGUUUGCCGCAAUCUUCAUUUGGUGUAGCAUAGCCAUUUACUUCGUUAUUUUCUGCUCUGUAUCCAGUGAUGCCACGUUUGGUGGUCUGACUUCGAAUGUAGUCGUCCACUUUAAACUAUUGCAAAACCGGUUUCAAGAUGCUACGUUUGCCGACGAAGACGCAAAUUUGAAAUACCUCAUCGAAUAUCACAAAAUGUUGCUUGAUCUAUCCAAGCAAUUAAUGUCAUUAUUUCGAAUGAUCAUAAUCAAUAAUUUAUUAGUUGCUUCGUUACUGUUGUGCAUUCUAGGAUUUCAACUUGUGAUGUUUUUGGGAUCAUCAACUGUCAUAAUUUAUCUCGCCUAUAUAUCUGCUGUUGGGAUUCAAGUCUUCUUUUUCUCAUAUUACGGGUCACAUCUAUCUCAUGAGAGUGAAUCCGUUAGUAAUGCAAUAUACUGCAGCAACUGGUACGAAUCAUCACCCAAAACCAGACGAAUAGUGCUACAAUGUUUGAUGCGAGCCCAAGUUCCGGUCAACACCAAGGCGGGGUUCAUGGUCGCUUCAUUGCCUACUUUUAAAGCUAUUCUCAACUCCGCUGGUUCUUAUGUGGCCUUGUUGCUAUCAUUCACAUAGAAAUAGUUACUCGUUCUAAAACACAUAAGCGUAACAGAAUAUGAAAUUCUGCGAGAAACGAAAUGAUGGAAGAACAUCCAAUGAAAAAAGCAAAGU